AGAAUAUAUUGAGAGAAAAAAUCAAGUAUAGAAAUUAGCAUAUGAAUAUUCUGUAAAGUAACAAAUAUGGAGUCCCAUAAUGUAGAGACUAUUGAGAGUCAAAACCAGACCCAACAACCUCUAGAGCCUACUAGCGGAACCUCCUUCCUCCUAACAUGCUUCAAUGGACUAAAUGCAUUAUCAGGUGUUGGACUAUUAUCGAUAGCCUAUGCACUUUCAGCAGGAGGAUGGUUAAGUUUGAUAAUGCUUUUCUUAAUAGCAAUUAUAUGUUGUUAUACGGGAUUUCUUUUAAAAGAAUGCAUGAGCGACGUUCCAGCAUUAGUAAAAACAUAUCCAGACAUAGGCCAAUAUGGUUUUGGAAAAAUAGGAAGGAUUAUGGUAUCAGUAUUUAUGUAUUUAGAAUUGUAUUUAGUAGCAAUUGAGUUCCUCAUAUUAGAGGGCGACAAUUUGCAUAAGUUAUUCCCGGAUGCCAAUUUUCAUGUUGGUGGCAUCAAAAUUGUGGGUAGAAAAGCCUUUGUCAUUCUAGCUGCUCUAAUUAUAUUGCCAACAACAUGGCUAAAUAACUUAGGACUAUUAGCUUAUAUUUCUGCUGGAGGAGUUUUAUCCUCUAUUAUUUUAGUCGUUUCUGUAUUCUGGGUUGGUGUAACAGAUGGUGUGGGUUUUCAAGAGAGUGGUACUCUUUGGAGAUGGAAUGGGUUAGGAACUGCAGUAAGCAUGUUUACCUUUUGUUAUUGUGGUCAUGCAGUUCUUCCAACACUCUAUCAUUCAAUGAAGGACAAGAGACAAUUUUCUAAGGUUCUACUCGUGUGCUUUUUACUAAGCACCAUCACUUAUGGAUCAAUGGCAACAAUGGGGUGCUUAAUGUACGGACAAAAUUUGAUGUCGCAAGUAACUUUAAAUCUCCCCACCGGAAAAGUGAGUUCAAAGAUUGCAAUAUACACGACGCUAAUUAGUCCAUUAACCAAGUACGCCCUUAUUGUCUCACCAAUCGCAACGGCAAUUGAAGAUACACUUCCAUGCUGCAAGAGUCGACCUAUGAGUUGCUUAGCCAGAACAAUUUUGGUUAUUAGCACUGUUAUUAUUGCAUUAGUCGUUCCCGUUUUCGAAUAUGUCAUGACAUUUGUAGGCGCAUUUACGGGCAUUAGUCUGUCUAUAUUAUUCCCAUGCAUCUGCUACCUCAAGAUUAGGAAGCCCUACUUAAGGAGUUUUGGGAUAGAAGUUAUGUUUAUUGCAGCGAUUUUAGUGCUGGGUUCUUCUGUUGCCCUAUAUGGAACGUAUGUUUCAUUGAAGAACAUCUUGAGUAAUAUCCACUAAAUAUAGAGUUUGAUUCAUGUGGUGUGCUUCAAAUAAAUUAUGUCCUGAUACUCUUUUCACAUGUAAUCUUCUUGUUACCACUAAAAAGUAUUCAAUUUUUGAGC